GUAAAACAUUGGGGAGGCAGUCUGUCAAAAUAAAGUUCUCUAACUAUCAGACAAAAAUGACUGCAACAUGAGCCAGCCGAAGUCCAAAUUUAUUUCUUAUUUAACUCAGUCUGUUGCUGGAAAUUCAAGAAAAUCGUAUAUGUAGGAUACAUAACAUCAGAACGGCAAAGUCAUAAACAACUAAAUUGUGGUUGAUAUUUAAUGCAUGUGGUUCUUUAAGUGACACACACCAAAGGCGUCUAUCAGGACAUAUAAUUAUGAGUUUCAAAUCUUACAUAGAGGAAGAUGAUAAUGCUCCACAAGAUGAGAAUGAUUAUCUGGUAUCAGGAGGAGAUGACGAGGUCCAGGAGUCGGCCUCCAAGUUCUUUGAUGUCUCCCAGCAACCAAACCUGAUGCCAGGUGAACGGGUCAUUGGGGAGGUGGACAGAGUUCUCAAGUAUGCGCCCUAUUCGGCUGGCAAGCAGGGUUGGUCUGGCGUGCUUUGUAUCACAAACUAUAAGCUUGGCUUUCUCACUGCAGACAGGUCUUCAUAUGAAAUGACUGGCAAGCGGAACCGUAACAAGAUACUAGGAGAUGAUGACAUUCCACUUACUUGUAUUGACUCCAUCUAUCAUGUGGCUUCAAAUGGCAAGAGGAAGAAAUUAACACUAGGCUCAAGAACCUCGGCAAAAACUGAAACUUUAGAAGUGCAUUGUAAAGAUUUCCGUAUCCACAAGUUUGGGUUCAAGUUCACGCCGAAAGACGAGAACAAACGGUUUGUGAACAUGCUGGUGCACCAUGCAUUCACAACAAAGGACACACUGCUAUUUGCCUACGAGUAUGGCAGGAACAACCUCCUCUCUGGUCGUCAGAUGAUGUUGGAGUGCCCUCAGUUUGAUUGUAUACUGGAUUGGGAGGAGGAGCUCCGUCGUUGCCAUGCUGACAAGACCUGGCGUGUCACCGAUGUCAACAUUCACUUUGACCUCUCUCAGAGUUUACCAAAGUACUUUGUUGUGCCAAGUGCCUUGAUGAAUACUGAUCUCCAGAAAGCUGCCCCUCACUUCAAGGACAGAAGGAUUCCUGUAUGGUGCUACACCCAUAUCAACAGAAACAGCCUGGUCCGCAUGUCGGCCAUGGACAUUAGCUCGGACCAGACAAAGUUCCAACAGCGUAAUAAUAAAAAAGACAAUAAGAUGCUGGACGCAGUGAAGGUUGCUAGUAACCAGAGGAACUCUCCGAAGGUUGUGGUCAUCGAGGAGGAGUGUCCCUCAUGCCAGGAGGUGCAGGAGAGCUUCACCAGACUCAGAAAAAUGUGCAUGUCCGACACUAUAGAGGAGUUUGUGGACCAGGAUGCCUCAUGGCUCACAAGCUUGGAGAGCUCCCGCUGGCUGCUGCUUGUGGCCAGAUGUCUUAAGGCUGCGAAAGACAUCUGCGAACAUGUUAUCUCAGGGAAACGGACCGUAGUUAUUCAGGAGGCAACAGGUUGUGAUAUGUCGUGCCUGGUGUCAAGUUUGGCCCAGGUCCUACUUGACCCGCACUACCGUACAAUGACGGGGCUGCAGGGGCUGGUGGAGAAAGAGUGGGUACGGGCUGGGCACCCUUUCCAGAAAUACCUCGCCCUUGUUACCCCCACCGAGUCCAGCCUUGAACAGACUCCGGUUUUCCUCCUAUUCCUGGACUGUAUAUGGCAGUUGAUGCAGCAGUUUCCCACGAGCUUUGAGUUUACAGAGACUCUCCUCACCACAAUGUGGGACUCAGCCCUCAUCGGCAUCUUCGACACAUUCCUCUUCAACAAUGAUCAUCAGCGAGUAUCAUUCUCAAAGAAUGAUAACAAGAACAUCAGACAGUUCAAACUUCCAUCAGCUUGGAAAUGGGACUUUCAAUUCAGCUCCGAAGAUUUGUCUUUUUUCAAAAACCCCUUGUACCUUAUUACUCAUGAUGAGGAACUGAGGACAUCCAUAAAUGACCUUCGUUUACUAUCACGCCCUGGGCGAGUUUGUCAGAACUCUAGAAACAAUUCAUUGCGGAUGGUUCAAGAAAACAAUGUUAUGGGUGCAGGCUCUGCAGAGAUGGACCCGGUGCGUCGUGAUGUGCUAGUACCAGAGGAGUCUCCACAGGUGCUGCAGCUUUGGAGGCAGUGCUACCUACGAUGGCAGAGCCCCGCUCAGAUCCUCAGUGGAGGCACGCCCACAGAGUACCUCCAGCAGUGUGUUAUGGUAGAAGAGAUAGCGCAGCUCCAGCACAAGGUCAAACAGCUGGAGCUUACCAGCAACUCUGAUGUCAAGUUCCGAUCAAAGAAUAACCUUAUAUUUGGAUCACAAACCAACAAGUCUAAUCUCUCCGAACUGCUGAACUCUACUGUGUUGACUUCAUCAUUCCCGUUUUCACCUGGUCCGGCCUCCAAGGAUCAACAGUACACAUUCACACCAAUCAGUGCCUACAUCAGACACAGCACCCUGGACUAUGACAGGUACAUGGACGAUGACUAGACCCACCAAACCUACAAACAAAAACCACCUAUACUAUAGUCUGACAUUUUAUUUUUCAAUUUUGUGUGCAUAUAUUGAGAUUUCAGUCAUUUGUUAAUAGCAUUUUGAUAAUUUGAGCUAGUAAAAAGUAGAUAUAACUGCUAAUGCCAGUGGAAAUUGAGUAGAAGAAAUAGGAUUUUAUAUAAUGUAGGGAUAUUUUUCAUUGUAAACAAGAUAUACUUUAAAGGGAUUUUCUUUUUCAUUUUGUUUAUUAAAGAAUGCAUGUAGAUUUUCUUUUAAGUAAACAUUGUGUUCAGUAAUAUUGUAUAACUAUUGUAAAACAGUGUCAAAAGAAAAUGAUUCCGACUGGUUGUAUUGACAGUAAAUAUACCAGGUACAUUGUUGAUGCUGUUUUGUGAGAUGGUCUGACAUGAAUGUAGUAUAUACUUUACCUCUGUGUUUACUUUUCACACUCCUGCAUUUUGUUAUUUCAAAAGCCUGUAUUGGUUGCCAUGUUGUUUUGUACAUUUCAUUCGUUUAUAUGAUCACAUUAUUAUGUAGAGUAAGUGAGAAUCUGGCUAUGGUGAAAAUACAUGUAUUAUUGUAAAGAAGUAUCUAAUGAAUAUAUUGAUGCUGUUUUAAUUCAUGGGGUUACUGUGUUUACAGUUCUUUUCUCGUCUGUGAUAUGCAGUGAUUCUGUAGUAGAGGAAUAGUUUUGAACCCACCAAUGACUACACAAACUGUUUUACAGGUGCCCACCAUAGUUGGUUCAACUCCAACGAUAAUAUAAACCCAGCGACAUAUCUUUGCAUAGUUUCUAUAUUCUUUAUUCUUACUUGGUGCAUAUAGAUACACUUGUUGUUUCAGAGACUAAAUCAUUUGAAAAUCAAAUGUGUUCAAAGAAAUACAAACUAUUUUUCUCGUUAAUGAAAUGUGAAUGUGUAAGAACAAAUUAUUUAUGUCUCCACAAAAAUGCCACUCUUUCAUGUUAUCAUUCUGUUGCAUCUUUGUUUUUUUUAUGAAAAACCCAAAACAUUAAGAGGUUAACCCUAACCAAGAUUUAUGAGGUUAACUCUAACCUAAGAUAUAUAAUCAACCCUAAUCCUAUCUUUAAGUCUGAUACAGUCUGUAACCUAAAAUGAAUUGCAGUAUGAAUUAUUCAAAUUCAUUUAGUGUAUUUUUCAGAGAAAUCUUUAUUAUUUUGCAUAUUGUAUGAAGUGCAAGUGGUUACAAUGUCAUUGUUUAUAUCAGUGAUGUGCUCUAAUUGGAUUAGCGUGGUGCCAUUUAACCAAUCAUGAUAUGACAUAACAAUAGGCUUGUCAUUUAUUUAAACAUAUAUUUUUGCUAGCCUUUCCUUAACAAUAAAUAAUCAUCGCUGAAGAUUGUAUUUAUUUCUAAUUUUGAUGAAUAAUUGUUUAAUAUGCAAGGAUUAGCACAGCUUGAGAGACCUCAUGCAUUCUGCGUCAUGCAUUCACAAAGAAUGAGCACACGAGACAAAUUGAUUAAUCCUUAUCUAAUUUUUUUAUACAUUAUACUUGUGUGACAAAUUUCUUUAUACAUAAGAAGACAUUUGUUGGAAGCCUGUUUUUAAUUAAUAAUGAUUGGCUCAAGUUAUGAAAUGUAAAAUUUUGAAAUUCAAGUGAUGUUUUAGUGUCAGUCCACCACAAAUGUGACGAGCCUAAGUCUGAUACUAGCAUUUAAUACCAUUCAUGUGCAUGUCAUUUGUAUUGCAAAAUUACUUUUACACUGCUCUGGGCAUUGUUAUUAAUGUGGUAAUGUUGAUUAAUUUGGGUUAUUUUUAGACUAUGGAUGAGUAAUAUUGGAAUAGAUAUGUGCAAUUAUUGUCUGAUUGUGCUUUUCAGGCUAUUAAGUGUAUGUGUUAAAGAAAUAAAGUAGUGACAGUGGUAAAAAUGUCCGCCUCUGGCCCAAAAGGUCAUAGGUUCAAGAGCCACUACCGGAUGUAGCUUAUUAAAACUGGUUUCUUUCCAGGAAAGGCACUCAAGGAUGGUUCAUGUUAGCUUAUUGUUGUCUUCACAAUGGGGCUUAAAUUAAUAAGUACGAUACAUUAAACUAAAUAAAAGCAUGAAACUUUACUUGGUUAUUUUUAGUUUCAUUGCCUUGGUGUCAUCAACAGUAGCAUUCACUGUGAAAAAUAAUAAUAAUUGUCACCACUAGCAUGUAUCCUUUAUGUAAUAUGAAUAUAAUUCUUGAAUGGCUUCUGAGUUAUGGUACUAGGAAAUGUUUGCACUACUCAACUGAUGAAAACAACAACAACAAGAAAGCUAUGCAUAUACAGGAUUUUUUCUUAAAAAAUGACCAGACAUAGUAGCCAUUUUAUGUAAUUUAAGAUACAUUCCAUUAGUAUUAAUAGGAUAAUUUAGUUUCAAUACUAAAGUAACAUUUCCAUUUUUGCCUGUUUGUCAUGAACUUGUCAGUGUAACUUUUUGAACUGCUUUCAUUAGAAAUGAUCUGUAGAUCAGAGCUUUUCUUAUUUAUUAUUAUUUAUUUUUCAUUAGAUUUUGAAUAUUUUGUCUUUUAUACUCAUAGUCAAUGGUUUCAAAUCCAGUUCAAAUCAUUCAGUUUUGAUAAAGCUUUUUUCCUUUGUUUGUUACACAGCAUUUUCAACUGAUAGUUGUUUAUUAGAAGAAUAUUUGAGUUUGUUAAAGCAUUGUUUUAAAUAUAUUGAGUAUAUCAUGAAUUGUUUUCACAAAUAAAUAAUCAGCGGAU